AUGCCGCCGCCGGCGUACAUGCGUUCCGGUUCCGAGACAUCGUUUCCGUCGGCCAGUGAUAGUCGGCAGGAUUCCAUACAUGUGACAGGAUUGAGGGAGAAACGUCUCUACGCAGUCAUCGGAUGUCUCGCCAUAUUAACAAUUCUGGCACUUUCACUUUUGACGGUUAAUAUCAUGAUAAUUUCGUCUCUACAAAUGACUCAUCAUGGCAUGCGGUUCCUACGAUUUCACACAAUCCAUGAUCCUCAUACGGGCACAACAGAAAAGGUAGUGGAAUUCGAUGGCAACCAAAUCGAUCUGGGGACAGUCGUCACUAAUGGCCAGGUGUCUGGCUACAGUGAUAAAGAACUGAACAUAUAUGGAUCCAGAUUGCUUAUAUCAGGAGCCGAAAACGGGACCCGUCUCACAAUACAAGACAGCCGCUGUCGACUAGAGAACACGGAACAUUUCCAGGUCAUUUAG